GAGUGUUCACCCGCCUGGAUUCUAGCGAAGAAGAAGACAGGAGGGACGUCCAGAUUCCAAACAGAUUCCCGUUGGAAAGUCAGAAAGAUUCCCGAUUUUCACUUUUUAAUAAAUCAAAUAUCGGACUAACCUGUUCUUUUUGACACGAUGGGCACCAGAGACGAUGAGUACGACUAUCUGUUCAAAGUGGUCCUCAUCGGAGACUCGGGCGUCGGGAAGAGCAACCUGCUGUCCCGCUUCACCCGGAAYGAGUUCAACCUGGAGAGUAAGAGCACCAUCGGCGUGGAGUUCGCCACGCGCAGCAUCCAGGUGGACGGCAAGACGGUGAAGGCCCAGAUCUGGGACACGGCGGGCCAGGAGCGCUACCGGGCCAUCACGUCAGCGUAUUACCGCGGCGCGGUGGGGGCGCUGCUGGUCUACGACAUCGCCAAGCACCUGACCUACGAGAACGUGGAGCGCUGGCUGAAGGAGCUGCGGGAUCACGCCGACAGCAACAUCGUCAUCAUGCUGGUGGGCAACAAGAGCGACCUGCGCCACCUGCGCGCCGUGCCCACCGACGAGGCCCGCGCCUUCGCCGAGAAAAACGGUUUGUCCUUUCUGGAGACGUCGGCGCUGGACUCCACCAACGUGGAGACGGCCUUCCAGACCAUCCUGACAGAGAUCUACCGGAUCGUCUCCCAGAAGCAAAUGUCGGAGCGCCAGGAGAGCGACAUGUCGCCUAGCAACAACGUGGUCAACAUCCAGGUGCAGCCCACUGAGAACAAGCCAAAGAUGCAGUGCUGUCAGAACAUCUAGCCCGGCCGUGGACCCGCUGCUGCCCCCCUCCGUGACCCCCGCCCCCCCACCGUCCCAAACAGACUGCCUGAUCGAGACGCAGAUUCAAUCCUGCGACCUGAACUCUUCCUGACCCCUUCCUGACCCCCGACCCCACCAGUACAUAACGUGGGCCCCCCCCUCCCCCUGCAGGACGGCAGGCGCAUUUCAUAUCACGAUAGAUUUCAUUACUGUAGACGCGCUGACAUGUCACUGAAAUGUCUUAAAAUAUGAAUGUGAUUCUUUUCUCGUCUCCUUCCUUCAUGUAAUCACCGUAAAGCACAUCGUAUCUCCGCUUUUAAGCCCCGCCCCCUUCCUCCUCUUUAGUGCAAUGUACUGUGGAGGCGGCGCCGCGCGGUCCGAUCGGGAACGCCGCCGCAUCGCGCCGCAUCGCCAGGCUCCACCUGGAUCACUAGAAUUAAUCCGUCACGUUUUUCCGACUAUGCAGAGCCGAGCGCUUCUGGAGAAAUGAAGGACUGAAACGCUAAUCUUUUUCCCGGAUGACAUUCCUGUGCAGCCAACUCUGCGUGGCGUUUUCCCAGAAUCCGUGGCAGCAGGAGAGAGAGGAGCCGGGCGAUCACCGAUUCCUAACAACACGCUCUUCUAGCUGAAGUUUGAUUUUCUGCACGUCCAGAACUAGAACCACAUGAGGCGGGCGGAUCCAUGCAGCCGGGCCCCGGCCUCAUGGCCCCGCCCCAUGGCCACGCCCUCGCCUCAUGGCCCUGCCCCAUGGCCACGCCCCCGCCUCAUGGCCACGCCCCUGCCCGGUCACAUGACGCCUACGUUACACCGAGCUGCCUCUGAUUCGACACGAUGCAUGGCUUUCUGUCGUUCGCCUUACAUAGCCGACAUUCUCAUUCCUCCUGCUGGAAGAAGGUUCUGGUGGGCAGCGUGACGCGCCGACGGGGUCGGUCCGGUCCGGUCCGGUCCGGUCCGGUCCAGCUCAAACCCUGAGUGUGUGUUGUGCUUGCAGUUUGAACCCAGGAGUGUGUGUGUGUGUGUGUGUGUUUGGUAGAGGGCAGCUCUGGACGAACUGAUUCCUUUUCUCUGAGUUCUGGUCCUGAUCGUGUUUCACUUUGGUUCUGUUGUUGUUUUUUUAAAACCUGUGUUGAAUUUUUUAUUUUUUUUUUACUCUAUUGAAUCCUGUAACUGACUGUAAUUUCAGUGAAAACACCAGAAUGAAAUGACGUCAUUUCCACCAGGUGUGACGGCGAAGCGUGGGCGCGACUCGAAUGGUUUUGUUUUGUACAGACCAAUGAAUUGUACAAUUGUGUCUAUAUAAGUUAUCAGUUUAUCUUAAUAAAGCGCACCAGUCAUAAA